AUGCCCAAGUCCGUCUCGUCCUUCUACGACAACGCCGUGGACUCUGACGACGAGCCCGAGGCCGAGCAUGACACCCUGCUCAACCACUCCGGCUACUUGGACGGCAGCGACAGCAGGCACCCGACCGCGCCUCCCUCGCCGGUAGCAACUCGCUCGAAGCUCCGCGCCGCCCGCUUCUCCGAAGCCAACCUGCAAGACCGCCUGCAGCCUCACCGUGCCGACGAGAACUCCAGUCUCUUGGGGAACAGAGACCACCGUGCCUACCAUACCGCCGGGCCUGCCACUCCCCGUCCGCAUGGCGCCCGUCAGGGCAGCGGCAGUGUGCGUCGCCCGCACCACCAGAGCCGCCGCCAGUCCUUCAGCAACCGCCUCGUGGCUGCGCUUGGCCAGGAGCAGCGUGACGCUCUUGUAAACGAGCUCGCCGAGUCGAGGCACUCCGUCUUCCGCGAUGAUCGGGUAUGGUACGAUCAGUUUACGUCCACCGACUGGGUGCAUGACAGCAUCGCCGAUGCCUACCGUGUCAAGGCCUUGCGUAGCCGCAAAGACAUCCGGGGUCGGAUGGCGGCGUGGUUUGAUGGCGCCCAAGGCUGGAUACUGGUUGCUAUCAUCGGCGUCUUGACUGCCUUGAUUGCCUUUGUUGUGAACACUUCCGAAAGGACCCUGUUCGACUACAAACACGGCUACUGCAGUGUCCGCUGGUACUACAGCCAAAAGCAAUGCUGCGCUGGUGCUUCCACUUGCGAUCAGUGGAAAACGUGGUCUAACGUCAUUCUCAACGAGAGGGUCGACGAUAUCUGGAUUGAGUACUCUGUCUUCAUCCUCUUCGCCGUUGGGCUGGCCAUGAUUUCGUGCCUCCUCACUCUCACCACCAAGACGGUCAUCCCCUCGAGAUUCAACCUCGCAACACUUGACGAGAACUUGGCCGCCGAUACUCCCCUGCUUCGGGAUGAAGAAGGCAACAAGCUCAACGCGAGCCCCCAGGAGGUCUUCGAAAAGUCCGGAAUGCGCCCACCAAUGGUCUACUACUCUGCUGCCGGCAGUGGCGUUGCUGAGGUCAGAGUCAUUCUUAGCGGUUUUGUUCUUCACGGUUACCUGGGUUUCCGGACUCUUGUCAUCAAGACCGUUGGCCUGAUCCUCAGUGUGGCCUCUGGUCUCAGCUUGGGUAAAGAGGGGCCGUACGUCCAUAUCGCAACGUGCAUUGGCAACAUUGCUUGCCGUCUCUUCUCCAAGUAUAACCAUAAUGACGCUAAGAGACGAGAGGUUCUCAGCGCUAGCGCUGCGAGUGGUGUUGCGGUGGCCUUCGGUGCGCCCAUUGGUGGUGUUCUCUUCAGUUUGGAGGAAGUCAGCUACUACUUUCCUCCGAAGACCUUGUUUAGGACCUUUUUCUGCUGCAUCGCCGCCGCACUCUCUUUGAAGUUCUUGAACCCGUACGGCACCGGCAAAAUCGUCCUGUUCGAAGUGCGCUACCUUUCGGAUUGGCAUUUCUUUGAGCUUAUCGCAUACGUGAUAGUUGGGGUCAUUGGGGGUGUGUUGGGUGCUCUCUUCAUCAAAGCGUCGAAGCUAUGGGCACAGACUUUCCGCCGGAUUCCAAUCAUCAAAAGGAGUCCCAUUCUAGAAGUAUUUCUGGUCGCCCUCCUCACUGGUGUGGUAAGCUUUUGGAACAGGUACACUAAGCUUCCAGUUGCGGAGCUGCUAUUUGAGCUGGCCAGCCCUUGUGAUACCUUCACAGAAGACGGAACCGGACUCUGUGCAACAAACGAGAGGAUUCCCGAGAUUAUUUGGUACCUGUUCAUCGCAUUCGUCAUCAAAUCCUUGUUGACCAUCAUCACCUUCGGUAUCAAACUUCCCGCUGGCAUCUACGUCCCGUCCAUGGUGGUUGGUGGCCUGAUGGGUCGCAUGGUCGGACAUAUUGUGCAAUAUCUGGCUCUCAACUAUUCCUCCACCGGCCUGUUCGGCACAUGUCACAAGGACGAUAACCCAGAAGCAUGCGUCGUUCCGGGAGUUUACGCCAUGGUUGCCGCCGGAGCUACCAUGUGCGGAGUAACAAGACUUUCCGUCACUCUGGCAGUUAUCCUUUUUGAGCUGACCGGAAGUCUCAACCACGUCCUGCCCUUUUCUCUUGGCGUGCUGGUGUCCAAGUGGGUGGCAGACGCCAUCGAGCCAUUGAGUAUCUACGACCUUCUCACGAACAUGAACUCAUACCCCUUCUUGGACAACAAGAUCCGCCCGGUGUUCACGUCGCAACUGGGGGACAUCACUCCGCGCGUUCGUGAAGAACGUCUGAUUGAUAUCACAAACUCUCCGCUUGUGGCUGCAAAGCACCUGCGCUACCAGUUGCAGCAUCUCCAUAUGGCAGGUGAGCUAGAUGGUGGCCUACCCAUUAUCAGGGAUGGUAUUCUCGUUGGCCUCAUACCCGCACCGGAUCUUGAAUUUGCCUUGGAUAAACUUGAAAACGAGGAGAACACCCUAUGCUUGAUGUCUCCUGAGGUUGGAUGGAAUGCGCGCGAACAGCCGUCGGAUGAGCAAGAGGAGGAUCCGACCGAUUUCACUCCUUAUAUUGAUCCUUCCCCGGUUGCCCUGGAAUAUCGUUCGCCGAUGGACUUGGUUUACGAGUGCUUCGUGAAGCUCGGUCUCCGCUAUAUUUGCGUGCUCCGCGACGGUCGCUAUGCUGGCCUCUUGCACAAGAAGGCAUUCGUCAAGUACAUGAAGGAGCUUGAAGCAGGUGAAGGUCAUUGA